AUGGCUCAUAUUCUGGAGGAAAAAUCACACCGUUGUGCUCUAAAGUAUUCCACACCACUUCACCGUUCAGAUCCUGCUCUUCCCACCAUUUCCUUCCUCUUGCGAGGAGCUUUGGCCACUUGGGAACUUGGUUCCUUUUUGACUGUAGCUUUCUUGACCGAGGUUUUUGUGACAAUCUUACGUUUCUUCAAGGGAACAUCGUCCGCUUCUUCCUCGCUAAGAGAGGUUGUAGGGGUCUUGAUCUUGCCGUCAUUCGAAUCGGAAUCAUCCUCAGACUCCAAGGUAGAAGUCUUGUGUUUUGAAACCAGCUUUUUCCGUCUAACUGUGGCCAGAGGUGUCUCUUCAUCUGACGAAGACAUUUUAAAUCCCAACAAGUUUUUUUGUCCUUGUCAAACUCACUUUAUGAGAAAUAUUCCCUUAAACUAG